UGGCAACACUAGCAACAUAACUGUCAAAAAGAAAACGGAUCGUUGCAAUCUCAAGAACGCUAAAAUUUAUAAAUUAAAUAAUUGUAUUCUAUGGAUUAAGAAUAAAUACAUGAGUUGUACUUAACCAUUUUAACGAUGUUUUGGAGCGGAAAUUAUAUUGUAGUUAGGGAGUUAAAUUUUCUUCUCAAAGAAGAGAACGUAACGUUGACGCAAGUGUUGGAGGCGGAUGACAUCCUGCAGGAAUGCAAGGCGGACAACAAAGCGCUCAUACAGUUCCUCACAAAGCCCGAAGUGCUGGCGGAGCUGAUAACCCUCAUAACGGAGGAACCUCCUAAGAAUGUAGAGCUUGCAUCACAGUACCGACAUGCCAACAUAGCAUGCGAGGUGCUCACCAGUCACCUGUCCAUGUUGAGCGAUCGGCUCUCCAUGGAUGCCACACAGAUGAACCGGCUCUGUGACUUCAUCAACAAGGACCCCCCACUCAACCCACUGUUGGCCUCAUAUUUUAGUAAAACUGUGGAAAUGCUGCUAGAAAGGAGCCCCAAACAGGACUGCUACCUGUACCACAUAGUGUGCCUGCGAGUGCUGGACUUCUUCAAGUCGCGGCGAGACUUCCUGCCCAACCUGCUCCGCCACAUGUGCACCUCCGCCAUAGCAGACACCUUCAAGUACUUCAUCAGACUCGAUGACCUCUUCAAGAAGUCUGUCAUGGAGUGGUUCGAGGAGCACCAGUUCCUGGAGUGCCUCAUACAGAUAGUCUGCGGGACGUACGUGGCGGAGGACCAGGCGCCCCUCGAGUCACAUGAGAAGGCCGACCAUGAACCCAGCGAGAAGACUGAGGCUGCUGAGGAACGCAAGCCUGAUACAGGGGCUGGUGAAAAACAAGGUAAUUUAUAA